GUUGCCGUGUUUGACACUGGACUUUCGAAAAAUCAUCCGCAUUUCAAGAAGAUCAAAGAGAGGACGAAUUGGACCAACGAAAAAACUCUUGAUGAUGGCUUGGGACAUGGCACAUUUGUUGCUGGCGUGAUCGCUUCUAGUAAAGAAUGUCUCGGCUUCGCCCCAGAUGCCGAAGUUCAUAUAUAUCGUGUCUUCACCAACAACCAGGUGUCGUAUACGUCAUGGUUUCUCGACGCCUUCAAUUACGCCAUCCUGAAGCGUAUCAAUGUGCUAAAUUUGUCCAUCGGAGGACCGGAUUUCAUGGAUCGCCCGUUCGUGGAUAAAGUAUGGGAACUGACUGCGAACGGGGACAAUAUAGCGAAGUUCUCGAGUCGCGGAAUGACGACGUGGGAGCUCCCAGCUGGUUACGGGAGAGUCAAACCCGACAUUGUAACUUACGGCUCAUCCGUGAGUGGGUCAUCCAUCAAGGGAGAAUGUAGGGCCUUGUCUGGGACAUCAGUAGCAUCGCCUGUAGUUGCUGGAGCAGUAACUCUGCUUGCCAGUGGGGUUUUGCACAGAGGAUCUGCAGUGAACCCCGCCAGCAUGAAACAAGCCUUGAUGGCGUCUGCUCGGAGAUUGUCUGGGAUCAACAUGUUUGAACAGGGUCAUGGAAAGCUGGACCUGCUCCGUGCUUAUCACUUGCUGAAUACGUACCAGCCGCAAGCCAGUCUGAGUCCGAGCUACUUGGACUUGACCGAAUGCCCGUACAUGUGGCCGUAUUGCUCGCAGCCGUUGUAUUAUUCCGGGAUGCCGACAGUGGUGAACGUCACUAUUUUGAAUGGAAUGGGGGUGUCUGGGAAGAUCGUCGAACAGCCAGUCUGGAACCCUUAUUUACCUCAAAAUGGCCACUUUUUGAAAGUCAACUUCACUUACUCGGAAGUUCUUUGGCCCUGGUCGGGCUAUUUGGCGGUCUCUAUCUCGGUGUCGAGUGAAGCGAAGGGUUGGGAAGGCGUGGCCCAGGGCCAUGUGACCCUAGUUGUUGAAUCCCCACCUCUGGACGGAGAAACGGAGCCGAGGAGAUCGAAUUUGACGUUAGCGGUCAAGGCGAAAAUUGUCCCGACUCCGCCGCGACACAAACGGGUGCUUUGGGACCAGUUUCACAACUUGCGUUAUCCACCGGGCUAUUUCCCCAGGGAUAACUUGCGCAUGAAGAAUGAUCCCCUGGACUGGAACGGCGAUCAUAUUCACACCAAUUUCAGGGACAUGUAUCAACAUCUGCGGAAUGCCGGUUAUUAUGUGGAAGUGCUCGGAGUCCCGUAUACUUGCUUCGAUGCCCAGAAUUACGGGGUUCUGCUGGUGGUUGACCCCGAAGAAGAGUUUUUUCCUGAGGAAGUUACGAAGCUGAAGCGAGAUGUUGAAAGUGGUAGCUUGUACAACACGACGGUGAUGAAGAAGGUGAAAUUCUACGACGAGAACACUCGUCAGUGGUGGAUCCCCGACACCGGCGCCGUCAACAUUCCGGCUGUGAACGAUCUCAUCGGCGUCCUGGGCAUGGCGUUCGGGGACACCGUCCUCGAAGGCGAAUUCAAACUCGGUCGUCACGCCAUGUUCUACGCCUCUGGCACAAACAUUGCCAAAUUCCCCGCGUCCGGUCAAAUCAUUUCCGUCGACCUCAAAGACCAGGGCAAGGAAGUGCUGGACGGGGCUAGUGUGGAGGUGCCCAAGGCUUCCAUCCUGGGACUGUAUGAAAAGCCUGGUGGUGGCAGGAUCGGUUUAUACGGUGACUCGAAUUGCCUGGACUCGGCGCAUAUGCACAAGGAUUGUUUUUGGCUCUUGGAGGCGUUGUUGGAUUUUUGCAAUUCCGGGAAUUUACCGAGCGUGCUCGGGGACAUGGCGUCGAACGCGGACGCCGUUUUGCCGUCUGAGGGCGCCGACGCGUUGUUGGAUUUUUGCAAUUCCGGGAAUUUACCGAGCGUGCUCGGGGACAUGGCGUCGAACGCGGACGCCGUUUUGCCGUCUGAGGGCGCCGACGUGAGACUGCCGGAGAGAAUGUCGGGAUCCCAUUUGCACAGGUACAGCAAAGUCUUGGAAAGUAAUUUGGACAAGGCCCGACCGCGUCCGCUUCCUGCUUGUCCGAAACUCGUGUGGGCCAAAGCCGUGCCCCUCAAUAAAUCCGCCCCGUCGAACCUUUACAAAUCUGCGAAACUCCUUUCGAUUCACACUUCGAACCUGGACGUUUCUAGCCUCAAAAUAAACCACAUUCCGGGUUUGGAACCCUUGCCGGGAAACUAUCUCGACUCUGACCUGGCCCUGAUCGCUGCUGGACGACCAGCGUUGGACUCGGACUUUGAUGACGAAGAAGCUUCGCGGAGUUCCAAAGGAAGAUACAUGAUUCUCGGAGUAUUCCUGGUGAUCGUGGUUUUCGUUGUGUGUCAGUAUUGGGACUCGCGGGGGAAGCCCAAGCGGAGAAAGAGCAGGAUUUUAAAGCUCCUUCAGACCCUUGGCCACAAAGUCAGUGCAAAUAGUGUUUAAAGAAACAAAUGUUAGAUAUAAUAUGGAGUACUGUGUAUCAACUGUGGGGUUUCUUGAGAUCCAGCUCGACUUUCUCAGACUUUCUUCUCUUUAGUCAAGUCGGAGGUGGUACGAAACGAUGUCUUCAUCCGUUUAUGACCCUUUUUGUCACACUUUGAAGCCGAAGCAAAAAUAAACUUAUUUUUUCUCCUAAUGAUCACACAAAUGUGUUUUGCGAGUGCGACUUCGACUGCUUGAAAAUAGAUCACAGUAACUCGGAUGAAUCUUGAACAUUAUUUCGCUGCUGAAUUGUUCGAGAAUCGAAUUCCAUUGUUGAUCACAAGCAGGUUUAAACAGAGAAUAUUCAACAUUUUUUGUGUUAUUGUUGAGAGAAUGGUUUUGUUUCAACUUCGUUAUCAAAGUGGUCGAUAAUUUCUGUCAGUACUUCUGAAGAACCAUUUAAAACGAUGCACGGUUAGGCUGAGGAUCUCAAGCGUUCAACGAACAAAGCUGAAUAAAAUUUGAAAAAAAACGUCGCUGCAUUUAAAUAUGGAUAUUCACUUCGAGUGUGUAUAGUAUAAAUGCUUGGGGUAAAUUCGUGUUUGUGGGUUUUCUUUUUUAUCUUGUGGUGGGAGAGUUUUCAAGGUGAAAUCUGUGAUUUUUAGAUGGUCGGACCUACAAAGCUCGAGUUUCAAUUUAGUUUCCAAAGUUUCAGCUUUUUCGGGAUUUUUUCUUUUUUUUUCGGGGAAUGAAGCUGUUUGGAUUUGUCUAUCCGAAUUGAAAUUAAUUUUGGUUCAGGAUAGGUUUUUUUUUUUUACCUCGAUUUUAGAGGUUUGUGAUAAAAGAUAAUGCCCUGGUUCGGAAGACGCUCUCUUCAUGCCAAAAAAAAGUACUUGCCAGACUUCACGUUUUUCUUUCAACCACCGUGUUCUUUUUUUUCUCAUUCGUGAAAGCACGCGAUUUUUUCCAUGCUGAAAUGUUUGUCUUUUGAGGGGGGGG